GCGUCGGAGGGCUGAAGGCUGGCGUUCUGUCCGGUUUCCGGGCCCGUCUCUAUGGUGUUGGAGGGAGCAUACCCCCCGAAGAUUUGUGGGUGUACUGGCCACAACCUCACAGGGUAGGCGAGGGUGGUUGGUGUCAACAGGGGGCGAAGAGGGGACCGGAGCAAAGACCCUCGGCCGCCUCCCCCGCCGCCCUCCCGCAGCUGUGCGGGCCUUCGCGGAGGAGCCGCGGCGCCGCCUGCAGGCGGAAGGCAUGGGCUCGGAGAGCAGCGCCCUGAAGAGCUACGCGCUGAUGGAGCCCGCGCGCGCCCUGCGGGCCGGCCUGGCCGUGCACCCGGCCGUGCUGCAGGAUGGCCGGCGCGCCUCGGUCUUCGUGUACCGGAGGGAGAACGAGGACCGCGUGCACAAGGCCGCCAAGCAUUUGAAGACACUUCGCCACCCUUGCCUGCUGAGAUUUUUAUCUUGCACCGUGGAGGCGGAUGGGAUUCAUCUUGUCACUGAGCGAGUGCAGCCUCUGGAAGUGGCUUUGGAAGUGCUGUCUUCUGCGGAAGUCUGUGCUGGCAUCUAUGACAUAUUGCUGGCCCUCGUCUUCCUUCACGACAGAGGACACCUGACCCACAACAAUGUCUGCCUGUCAUCUGUGUUUGUGAGUGAGGACGGCCACUGGAAACUGGGGGGAAUGGAGACCGUCUGCACAGUUCCUCAGGCCACACCUGAGUUUCUGAGGAGUAUUCAGUCAGUAAGAGACCCAGCAUCUAUCCCUCCUGAAGAGAUGUCCUCAGAAUUCACAACUCUGCCAGAGUCACAUGGACAUGCCCGGGAUGCCUUUUCAUUUGGGACAUUGGUGGAAAGUUUGCUCAGAAUCUUAAGUAAACAGGUUUCAGCGGACGUUAUCUCCAGCUUCCAACAGACCUUGCACUCAACCCUGCUGAGUCCCAUUCCCACAUGUCGGCCGCCGCUCCACACCUUACUGUCCCAUGACUUCUUCAGGAAUGAUUUUCUAGAAGUUGUGAAUUUCUUGAAAAGUUUAACAUUGAAGAGUGAAGAGGAAAAAACUGAAUUCUUCAAAUUCCUGCUGGACAGAGUCAGCUGCUUGUCUGAGGAGUUAAUAGCCUCACGGUUGGUGCCUCUUCUACUUAACCAGUUGGUGUUUGCAGAGCCAGUAGCUGUGAAGAGUUUUCUUCCUCAUCUGCUUGGCCCCAAGAAAGACAGCGCGAGGGGAGAAGCGCCUUGCCUGCUGUCACCGGCCCUGUUCAGGUCGCGGGUGAUCCCUGUGCUGCUCCAGCUGUUUGAGGUGCAUGAGGAGCACGUGCGGAUGGUGCUGCUGUCUCACCUCGAGGCCUACGUGGAGCACUUCACUCAGGAGCAGCUGAAGAAAGUCAUCCUGCCACAGGUGUUACUGGGCCUCCGUGAUACCAGUGAUUCCAUUGUGGCAAUUACUCUUCAUAGCCUAGCAGUGCUGGUGUCUUUACUUGGACCAGAGGUGGUUGUGGGAGGUGAAAGAACCAAAAUCUUCAAACGUACUGCCCCAAGCUUUACAAAAAUGGUGGAUCUUUCCCCAGAAGGUGAUCAAUAUUCUCAGCCUAUUAAAUUUCACAUGAAUGGACUCUCCAAUGUGAAAAAUACCUCAGGAGAUAGUGAAAACUUCCCAUCAAGUUCUAAAAAGUCCGAGGAGUGGCCUGACUGGAGCGAGCCAGAGGAGCCUGAAAACAAAGCUGUCAGCAUACAGAUUUGUCCUGCAGAACCCCACGAUGCCUCCACGUCCCCGCUCUCUAACUUGAACGCGGAGGAUGUGGCACGGGUUGACUUUGAGCCCAGCAGCUUAGAUACUGAAACAGAUGCAGGAGGAGUCCCCACUGUGAGGCCUGGGACCGCAGGGGGACAUGAGGCCACUCCUGCCUUGUUUUCACUCACUGAAGAGUCCAAGCCUUUGAAACCCUGCCUGCACCAGAAGACAGGUCUUGCACCAAGUGGGGAUGACCCAGACCAAACCAAGCCACCAAAAGUGUCACAAGAAAGACGCCUUAAGGCUCCAUCAGAACUGGGUUUAGGAGAGGAGUUUACCAUUCAAGUAAAAAAGAAGCCGGUACAAGAUCCAGAGUUGGACUGGUUUGCAGAUAUGAUCCCAGAAAUUAAGCCUUCAGCUGCUAUUCUCAUUUUGCCUGAACUGAGGACAGAAAUGAUGGUUUCCAGCAAGGAUGACGUCUCAUCAGUGAUGCAGUUUUCCUCAAAAUUCGCUGCAGCAGAACUUACCGAGGGAGAGGCCGAAGGCUGGGGAGACGAAGGGGAGCUGAACUGGGAAGAUCAUAACUGGUGACAACAGGUGAAACUUUAGGGCAAAGGAUUUCUUAAAAAAAAAAAAAAAAAAAAAAAAAAA